AUGAUAGAGAUUGGAGUGCCCAGAGCCCAGCAACAGCCAAAGCUACUGCUUCUCCACAACGCUGAGCACAAACUCAUCACCCAGCCCAAUGCCCCCGUACUUCUCACCGUACUUCCUGUCCUCCUGCCAACUAGGAUCUGUGCUGUGGGCCUGACUGGUGACUCGGCUGUCACUUACGUGAUCCUGAGGGCAAGGAUGACAGCAGUGACGAAUGUGCUUGACCUGAACCUAGCUAUCGUCCCCACUGCAGCACGCCCUUUUGGGGAGCCAUUCUGCAAACCAGUGCUGACCACUGACCACUGCAGCAUCUUCUCCACCAUCUACCUCCUGGCUGAGAUGACGAACUGUUACUUGGUGGUGCUGGCUACUGUGAAAUCUCGCCGAUGGCAAACCAGGAGAGGGGCAAAAGGUGUCAGCCUUUGUGUCUGCCUGGGUGUCCCCAUCAUGGCUCUGCCCUGACUUUCCUUUGUUGUCUACCAUAGUGAGCUACAGGCACCCAGUUGUGGGAUAAGCUUCCAGAGGCUCCAGGCCAGCCUCACUUAUACACUGGUUCUCGGCUUUGCAGCACCUGGGUGCACACUUCAUACCAUGAGGCUCCACUCUGGCACCAAGGUUCCGGGUGAGGCUAAGAAGAAGGUAACUGGGUUAGCUGGGUGCCUUCUCUGCUGGGUGCCCUUUCACCUGGCCUCCGUGGUGGCCCUGACCACAGACAUGCCCCAGACAUUCCUGGUCUUGGGUAUCAUCACCAAUCUCAGCUGUGCCAACUCAUGCCUCAAUCCUUUCUUCUAUGCCUUCCUGGAUGACAGCUUAUGUGGGGACUUCUGUGCCACAGUCCCAUGUCAGGAGGCCUGA